AUGAUGGACUCAGAGUUCAUUGGCUGUCGCAGAUUGAACAAGGCUAUGCUAGUCGCUUGUCAUUGUUGCACAGCAUAUGCCACACCGGCUUCUCACGACUUCUCUAUCAUACUUGACUCAGCCGCAAAAAACAUCAUAUUCUUCAUCUCCGCGGGCUUCUACCCCUCUGAUCCCCGACAUAUUCACACGACGAUCAUGUCGCUCCUUGGACGAGCCUUAGUUGCUGUUGACGGACUUGGUCAUGUAAUGAGCAAACACGUCGGUCCAGUCGCCGGCGAGGCUUGGAAGCAUCUAGAUAAUGUUGGCCAGGAAGUUUCGAAACAAUUCGUGAAUACAGCGCCCGUGGUCUAUCAGCAUCUCGAAAGUACCGGACAAGAAGUGCGCAAACGUGUUGGAGGAGCGGCUACGCAAGGAAAAGAUUGGAUCGUUCAACACCCUGGAGAAACGGCUGGAAUCGCAGCCUGCGUACUUGCUGCACCUGUUGCUAUCGCUGUCACGCCCUUUGCACUUGGUGCUGCGGGCUUUACUAGCGGAGGGGUUGCUGCUGGGUCUGCUGCCGCUGCCGCUCAAGCCGGUAUAGGGAAUGUUGCUGCUGGAAGUGCUUUUGCUGUUCUUCAAAGUGCUGGAGCCGGCGGAGCCGGCCUUGCUACCGUCAACGCUGUCGUUGGCACGGGUGCUACAGCCGCCGCCGCUGGUGCUGCCGUCGCCCCAUCUCUUGUCAAGGCUACACGUGAAGAUCAGAGUGAUGAAGACGAGGAAAAGAGUAAAGAUAAGGACCACAAUCAGAAGAAUUCGGCCAAGCUCUAG